GCGCGCUAAGGACCGGAAGCACAGAGGGGAGAGCGGCGCUCUAGCCGCCUUCCCCUCUAUGGCCCGUGCUGACGUUGGACAACAAAGAUGGCGGCGGUAGGGGCGAGCAGCAACUACUGGGAGGAUCUGAGGAAGCAAGCCCGGCAGCUGGAGAACGAACUCGACCUGAAGCUGGUCUCCUUCAGCAAGCUCUGCACCAGCUACAGCCACAGUGGCUCCCAUGAGGGCAGACGCGACAGGUAUAGCUUGGAUACAACCCCCCUCCUCAAUGGAUCGAGCCAAGACCAAAUGUUCGAAACAAUGGCUGUGGAAAUUGAGCAGCUCCUGGGCAAGCUCAUGGGGAUCAAUGACAAGAUGGCGGAGUACACUAGUAGCGCCGGAGUGCCGUCCCUGAACGCAGCUCUGAUGCACACCCUGCAACGGCACAGAGACAUCUUGCAGGAUUACACACAUGAAUUCCAUAAAACCAAAGCAAACUUCCUGGCAGUCCGGGAAAGAGAGAAUCUCUUGGGGUCCGUCCGGAAGGAUAUUGAGUCGUAUAAAAGUGGGUGCGGCGUGAACAACAGAAGAACGGAACUCUUCCUGAAGGAACACGAGCACCUUCGAAACUCAGACCGGCUGAUAGAAGACACAAUAAGCAUUGCCAUGGCAACGAAAGAAAACAUGACUUCCCAGCGAGGGAUGUUGAAGUCCCUUCAAAGCAAAAUGAACACCUUGGCCAACCGAUUCCCGGCUGUGAACAACCUAAUCCAGCGGCUCAACCUACGCAAGCGACGAGACUCGCUCAUCCUGGGCAGCGUCAUUGGCAUCUGCACCAUCCUCUUGUUACUCUACGCCUUCCAUUGACGGACGCUUUCUGUAGAGACUUCUGAGCUCCCGGUUGCUCCGCCGGAGGCGAAGACUGUGGAAAUGGCCCACUCCAGUUAAAUCCAGGCCCAGGGUUAGGAUGGGGGUGGCUCCCUCCCUCCCCCCCCCCGCAAAGCCGGCCACACGUCCCCAAGUGGCCGCCUUCCUCAUACAGUUCACAUCUUUUUGGCGUUCCAGUUUUGCUCAGAUGUUUCUGCCCCCUUUUGUAAGUCUCUCUUGAUUCAAGGCAAGUAAAUCUUAGCAGCAAUUCUGCUGUGCAAAGAAUCACCCGUUUUUGUUUUUGUGUUCCCUUCUCCCCCCUUCAAAAAUCCUUUUGCCUCCAAAAAGUGUUGCUAUAAAUCUUCAACUUGCAUCCAAAGGUGGGUGGUUUUUUGUUUGCCUUUCUGAAGCAAGCCCUUCUUGGAUAUACGUUUCCUAUCCGGAGGAUACUGGCCAGUUUAAGUUGAAUGUAACUUGCCACCGUAUUUCUUUCUCACAGCUCCAGGAUAACCCAGUGGCUAGUUGUGGCUGCCCUUGCUGGGAGCUGCCUAGAUUUUCACCACCUCCCAGAAUGCCUGUGGGAAAUCAGAGAGCCGUGCUGAUUUUAAACAAAGCUCCACGCGGCCCUUGAGGGGUAGGGCAACAUGGCAGCAGAAAUCUUGAUGGUUUGAAGGAGGACAACCCUCCGAGGGGUGGGAGAAGUGUCGGAAGACCCCUUGGGGACGAAGGGAGUAGGGCCCGUGCCCGAGGGUCUCAUCCCCAUGGCGUUGAGAGUGACCAAAGUUUCUCAAAUGGACGUUUGGCUGUGGCCAACCCAUCGCAGGCAAGAUUUUGAUGCAAGAUCUGACGUGUUCAGAAACGGUGUUUUAAUUCAGAUCAGCUUUCCUUGCAUUUCGUUUGAUCUAAACUUUAUUUUUUACUGUGACUGUGGGGUGGGGUGGGGGGGCUGUUGGGAAAAAAGGGAAGGGGUGUGAGGGUGUGAUGCUGCUGAACGCGCAAAUGGCAGAAAGAACUAGUCGGCCUCUGUAAAUCUCACAGUGUCCGGGAGGGAAACCUUUUCUGAGUAUCCCCCUCAUCUGUGGCAUGCGUAUAUCUGUUAACAGUUAUUUUCUAACCUCCGAGAAGAUUGGCAAACGACAGGCUUCUCGGUUGUUUCCUAAGGGGUUUAGCCAGUUAUGAUUGGCUGAUCCCACUCUAACGGACACUGGACUUAGUUU